UAAUGAAAGUUAUCGAUGAUCAAAUGGAACUGUAUAAAAGUUUAUCUUUACUAUUUGCUUUGUUGUAACAAUAGAUUUUUUUACGGAUCACCUGAUGGUAAGCAAUCGGCGUCGCCCAUGGACUCCUGGAACACCAGAGGCGUUACAAAUGCGUUACCGGCCUAUUGGGGAUUAGGAGUUUGUGAAUCUCCCCAAUUCAGGAAUUGGGGAGAUUGGGGAAGCGGAGGGUAAUUGGGCCUCCGGUAACCUCACUCACACGACGAAACACAACGCAAGCGUUGCUUCACGUCGGUUUUCUGUGAGGCCGUGGUAUCACUCCGGUCAAGCCGGUCCAUUCGGGCAGAAACAUGGCUCUCCCACACUUAA